UAAUUGCGGAAAAAACAGAAAACAUAGUCUUUGUAUUAAUAUCGCGUUAAUUCAUUUACGAAUAUUUAAAAAUAUAUUACAUAAGCGAAAUAUGCUGACUAAAACAAACCCACAAUAAGCACGGAAAUUACAUUGACAAUUUAAAAAAAAAAUCGAAGAAGUCAGUUGCUUAGCAACUGUUGGAAGCCUAGCGUCAGUUAGCAAGCUAGGAGAUCAGCUAACACACGUACCGUGUGACCCUAAAAAGUGUAUAAAUGCCACUAAAAAGAAGAGGACCUUUGCAGCUAGCCCAGAGAGAAGUGGAUGAAAUAAAAAAACAGGUUGACAGUCUGGAGAAGGAUGCCCAGAGCCAGGCUGGAUCCACUGAAGAGGCCUUUCGAAGAUGCCAAAAACUGCAAAUGUCAGCAGAGGAGACACUAAGGACACUGAAGAAACUGAGCAAGGGUGAUGAGCUGGCUCCAGUGGGCAAUUAUGAUCAGAGGAAACAGGAAGAGGAGCGACGAGUGCAAAACAUCGUGGAGCGUCUAAAAACUCUCUCUCUGGAGCUGUCGCCACCGGGACCUAGCACUGAAGCAGGUAAUGUUUCAAAGGAAGAUAGUGAAAAUAGUGCUGAAGAAGACGAUGACGAAGACAGUAACGACAAUGAAGAAGAGCAUGUAGAAAAUGAUAACAACAUUGGCGGUGAUGAGAGGCGAGAUUUGAAACCGCCAUCUCAGUCAGAUGCUCGCAUCUACAUGGUCCUCAGUGAUUUCAAAGGAGAGCAGGAAGGAGAUCUGUCUGUUCGGAAGGGGGAGGUGUUGAGGAUUAUCAGGAAGACAGCAGAUGGAUGGUGGCUGGCUCAGAACACUAAAGGCAGCAGAGGAGUGGUUCCAAAAACCUUCCUGAAGAUUGGCUCUAGUGUUGAUGAGGAAGAUGAUGAUGAUGAUGACGAUGAUUCAAAAGAAGACGAUGAUGACAAGGAGGAGUCGGAAGAGGAGGAAAAUCAAGAUAGUGAAGAAUUAACUGAUGAUCCAGAUAAAUUUUGCCUUUUGAUCCAAAAUGUGGCUUUAGACCGAUCAAUUUUUACGCUUAUGGCACUGAAUCUGAAUUAAUGCGCAUUAAACACAAACAACUCCAACAUUAUGAAGUCGCACUGUAACCCUUUGUGUCCUUUACUAGGUGUAAUAUACAGAGGAAGUCAUUACAUUCAGCCUCAGCUCAGCCAAUCACAGCUCUCCUUUAAAGACCUCUUCCUGGACCCAGACACUGGCAAGGUUCGUCCUCGGCAGGUCAGCACAAAUGUUUGUUUCAGUUUGUGGAGCUGCAGAAUGAUUCCUACUCCUGGGGUUGGUGUUCAAGUCCUCAGUCGGCACGUCCGCCUCUGCGCCUUUGACGGAACUCAGGUUUUGAGUAACAUCCACAUAAUAAGGGCAGCCUACAAUGCCAAGAGCCCAAAGACCUGGAGCUUCUCUCCAAGGGUGACCGGUAUCUUGCCCACCCUCUUGGAUGGAGACUGUUUUCUGCGCUGCAACUCUGCGUCUCCUAACCUCGGGAUCCUCUUUGAAUUAGGAGUCACUUUUAUACGAAAUUCUACUGGGGAGAGAGGAGACCUAAGCUGUGGUUGGGCUUUCCUCAAAUUGACCGAUGAUGCAGGAAAUCCUGUGCCGAACAGGACCUAUGAACUGCCUGUGAAUGGUGGCACUCCAUAUGAGAAGGAUGUAGCAGUGGAGGCGUCACCCACUAGAGGAUCUCCAAGUGGUGUUUUCCAGCAGAUGCUCCAAGCCAGGCGGCAGCCCAAACUUGUUGUUAAGCUGAAAUCAGCCAACAGCCGGACGCAAACACAGCUCAGUGUCCUUCCAGAUACUCUCCUCCUCUGCCUAAACUGCAUCCAUCUGCUGGUUCUGCACAGGCAUCUGCUCGCAGACGCACUGCUGAUGGACAGGCCCACAGUGCAGAAUGCAGAUCUAAUAUGCAGUCCUAUUCUUUCAACCUUUCCUGUGUUGUUGGACCAGCCAGACCUGUUAGAUGCUCUCAGGAGUGCCUGGCUGGAUGCUGAGACUAACAUGAACAGAGCACAAAAGGUGCGUGCGUGUGGACUAUUGUCUAAGGAGGAAGAAGUAGAAGAGGUGAUAGUGGUGGGGAUUUCACACAGUAAGUAG